AACAGUAGGGCAUGCUCAGUCGGGAAUAUCUCUCCCUCCCCGUCUCAGUGUCUCUCUCGCCGCUCUCGUCCUCUCCCGCCCCAGAGUUCACUUUUCACCGUCUCUCCUCUCCGGCCAGCCGCUAAAGGAAGAGCCGGCGCGCGGUCAUGGUGCAUCUUUGCGCAUUAUUUCUGAUCUUUAAAACAAAGUGAAUCUAUUUUGUGCCUGGACUAAAAUGAAGUUGCUUUUUUCUGUGUGGAGGGAAAGAGGGGCAGCGUUGGGCAGCCACUCUGUGAAUAGUCUGGAUGGCAGCUGCUGAGGAUCUGCGUGAAGAGUAAAUCUGUAAGCUCUCUGGAAGGAAAAAGGGGUUGCAGUCAAGCGGCUUUUUCUCCCCCCCCCCCCCGACUCCCUCAUGCAUCUGACAAUGUGCCAAGUCCAUCCACCACAUAGGAUCCAGUUCAUUUCUCAUGGUGUGGCUGUUUUUCUUUUCCUGGAUUGAUUUUUUUUUCUUUUUAUGGGAUUUUUUAACCAAAGUGAAGGUCAAUGGAGAGACUCUACGGCCCCGUUUUAACACCCAGUAACGGCUGUGCCUGUGCGCUUGUGUGUGAGUGAGUGUUUGUGUGUGUGAGCGCCUCUACCUCCUUUUCCCCUAUCUCCCUGCUCUGAGAACUCACCCCUUGCUCCCCCCCCCAUCCACGGCUCAUGCUGCAAGUUAAAUGCUGGAUCUAUAUUUCAGCGACCAUUUUUGGCUGUAAAAAUGCUGAGCGGCGUCCUCAUGCUGAGCGUCCUCACGGUCACCAGCCUGACACCAGCGGAGACGGAGAGCCGCAAAGCGUCCUCCUCCAAAGAGAUCUGCAAGACCCGCUGCAGCUGCGAGGAGCGCGAGAACCUCCUGAACAUCAACUGUGAGAAUAAAGGAUUCACCACAGUCACUCUGUUCCAGGCGCCCCCAAAUAAAAUCUCCCAGCUUUUUCUAAACGGAAACUUCCUGUCACGGCUCGGCGCCAAUGAGUUUGUCAAUUAUGGCAAUGUCACCUCACUGCAUCUGGGGAAUAACGGCUUGCAGGAGAUCCGGACGGGCGCUUUUAACGGGCUGCGCUUCCUCAAGCGGCUCCACUUGAACAACAACAACCUGGAGGUGAUCAAAGAGGACAGCUUCGCAGGGCUGGAGAGUUUGGAGUAUCUACAGGCAGACUAUAAUUAUAUCAGCGCCAUAGAGCCGGGUGCGUUCAGUAGGCUGAAUAAGCUCAAAGUGCUGAUCCUGAAUGACAACCUGCUGUUGUCUCUGCCUCCCAACAUCUUCCGCUUUGUACUCCUCACACACUUGGAUUUACGGGGCAACCGGCUCAAGAAUCUGCCGUUUUCCGGGGUUCUGGAGCACAUAGGGGGCAUCAUGGAGAUCCAGCUGGAGGAGAACCCAUGGAAUUGCACCUGCGAUCUGAUUCCCCUCAAAUCCUGGCUGGACACUAUUACUGUGUUUGUGGGGGACAUCGUGUGCGAGACGCCGUUCAGGCUGCACGGUAAGGACAUCACGCAGCUUAUAAAGCAGGAUCUGUGCCCGCGCAGGAAUGCUGGGGAGCGUGUGCACCCCCCCUCUGACUCUCACUUUCAAGGGGUCCUGCCCCCGACCUACCUCCCCGGCAUGAUCACCCCCACCCGUGCACCCAAAGCUUCCCGUCCACCCAAAAUGCGCUACAGGCCCACCCCUCGCAUCUCAAAGGACAAACAUGUUUUUGGGCCUAUAAUGGUUUACCAGACACGCUCCCCCGUGCCCAUGUUGUGUCCCAACGUGUGCGUGUGCACGUCCCAGAACCCUGACAGUGGAUUGAACAUCAAUUGCCAAGAGCGAAAGUUGCAUAACGUCAGCGAGCUGAACCCCAAGCCCUCCUACCCAAAGAAACUCCACCUGACUGGUAACUACCUACAAGUGAUUUACAGAAAUGACCUGGCUGAGUACAGCUCGCUGGAGCUGCUUCAUUUAGGAAAUAACAGGAUAGCAGUGAUUCAGGAAGGAGCCUUUGAGAACUUAACAAACCUCAGACGGCUCUACCUGAACGGGAAUUACAUUGAAUCUCUUUCUCAGUCUCUUUUCUUUGGUCUGCAGUCGCUGCAGUAUCUCUAUUUGGAAUACAACAUCAUCAAAGACAUUUUACCACAAACAUUUAACGCUUUGCAUAACCUCCAGCUGCUCUUUCUGAACAACAACCUGCUGAGGUCGCUCCCUGACAAUGUGUUCGGUGGCACCAUGCUAACCAGGCUCAACUUGAGGAAUAACCACUUCUCCUACCUGGCAGUCCGAGGGGUUCUGGACCAGCUGUCAGCAUUCAUCCAGAUCGACCUGCAGGAGAACCCCUGGGACUGCACCUGUGACAUCGUGGCGCUCAAGAACUGGAUGGAGCUGUCCAGCACCAGCGUGGUGGUGAACGAGAUCACGUGUGAUUCGCCCUCCAAGCACGCGGGUCGCCUGCUGCGGUCACUACGCAACGAGGCAAUCUGCCCCGAGCCCAGCGAGCCCCCCACGCCACAAAAUGCACCCCCUACAAAAGCCCCCACAUUGAUAAGCCCUGCUACUGAGGCCCCCACCCCUUCUGCUUUUAGCUCAGUCAGCCCAACCGAAUCUCGACUCCAGACCCCCGAGUUGCACCCAGAGGUGCCGCUCUCAGUCCUGAUUCUGGGGCUUCUCGUGGUCUUCAUCCUGUCGGUCUGCUUUGGCGCAGGCCUCUUUGUUUUUGUUCUGAAGCGACGCAAAGGAGUGGAACAUGUCCCCACUGGCAGCAACAACAUCGACCUGAACUUGUUUCAAGUCCAAUACGGCUCCUACACUCCUGAACCCACCCAAGACAAAGCCUCGGAAAGCCACGUUUAUAACUACAUCCCCCCACCUGUGGGCUCCAUGUGCCAAAACCCUAUUUACCUGCAGAAGGAUGGCGAACAGGUGGCAUACUACCGCAACCUGAAGGAGCUCAGCUUUGGGCCCCUGGACGCCAAGAAGGACGCUCUCACCCGAAGUCCAGGGGCCUACACCAUCAGCACAAUAGAUUUUAUGGAUAAACCUCCAACUACGUGUGGGUUGACCUCCCCAGAACCUCCUGAGAUGUUGUAUCAGAAUUUAGGGGAAAGGCCCCACAAAGAUCUCCCCGCGGCUGGAGGACCCCCACCGUUCCAUUACAACUUUUGCACUUUACCUAAGAGACCUUGCAUCGUGCCCCCCUACGAGGUUGCAACAGCCCGGCGGCAUAUCACCAACCAGGACAGGUUGAACAAAACGGUUCUGUACGGGACCCCCAGGAAAUACUAUGGAGCGGAACACCUUUCCAAAAACAAUGAGCACCCGCUGCUGCUCCCCGGGAAGCUAAAAACAGAACCGGACUACCUGGAGGUUCUGGAGAAACAGACUGCGAUGAGCCAACUGUAAGAUAGCA